AAACCCGCCUCAGCGCGCCGCGAUCCUCACCGGGUGCCCGUUUAUCGAGUACAUCCCGCCGCUCUCCGGUGCUGACCGGUGCUCUCCGACGCUCCGUGCUCGUUUGGAGGGAAACACCGCGGAGUAUUCGCGCUUUUUCCACGGGUGUUGUUGAUUCUUCGACGGUUUAUGUGCUAAUGCUAAUAUUAGCUUCAGCUGAGGCAAAGCAGACUCGCGUAGAAAACAACAAAAUACCCGUUUAAACUUCAGUCUGUUCACGGAACACGGUGUUUAUAGAGUAAAUCCGUUCGAUAUCACAUAAAAACACGCCUCGUGUGUUCGGCAGUAAUUGAAUGAAGUAGUUUUUCCCCGUGUGUGGCCCGUGAGGAGAGUCCAUUCAGAGCAAACAUGAGGAGUCCAGUAAGGAUUUCGCUCCAGUAUGUCCGAAACUGUGAAGUAUGUGGACGAUGAGCACAGGACCAUCUUUCUGAAGCUACUGAACGAGCAGCGUCUGGAGGGAGAGCACUGCGACAUCGCUGUGGUGGUGGAGGAUGUGAAGUUCAGGGCGCAUCGCUGUGUGUUAGCGGCCUGCAGCAACUACUUCAAGAAACUGUUCAAGAAACACGAGGUGGACAGCUCAUCGGUCAUCGAGAUCGACUUCAUCCGCUCGGACAUCUUCGAGGAGGUGCUGAACUACAUGUACACUGCUAAGAUCUCCGUCAAGAAGAAGGAUGUGAAUCUGAUGAUGUCAUCAGGACAGAUACUCGGCAUUCGCUUUCUAGAUAAACUCUGCUCGCAAAAACGGGACAUGUCGCCCGACGAGAAAAACGGUGACCCCAGGAACGCAAAGUUCCCGUAUGAUAUGGUUAAAAUGGGGCUUCCCAUGGAGGAUCCUCCGCUGAAUCAAGACGGAGACGUGCAGGUGCUCGGAGAUCAGGACGACACGCCGUCGGAUGAUAUCGUGGAGGAGGCGCAGGGCAAUCACGAGCUGGAUAAAUCGCCUAAUAAUGCCCUGCAGGUGCAGGAGGCCAUCCUGAAGGAGCUGGCGCAGGAGGACGUGCCUAAAGUGGGGUGCUACGACCAGGAGGUGGAGGCCCUGGAUGGAGAGCCCAAAGAGCUGGCGGCGCACACACAAACACUCUCCUUUGCGGACAGCAUGGGCGAUGUGAAAGACACGCAGCCGCCCGGGUGGAGCACCGCCACCGCUGACAUGAAGUUUGAGUAUCUGCUGUACGGCCACCGCGAUCAGCUGGCCUGCCAGGUGUGCGGGAAAACCUUCAUCGAUGAGAACCGUCUGAGGAAACACGAGAAGCUGCACUCUGCAGACCGGCCCUUCAUCUGCGAGAUCUGCAGCAAAGCCUUCACCACACAAGCCCACCUGAAGGAGCACCUGAAGAUCCACACGGGCUUCAAGCCGUACCGCUGCGAGGCCUGCGGGAAGUCCUUCAUCCGCGCGCCUGACCUGAAGAAACACGAGCGGGUGCACAGCAAUGAGCGGCCCUUCGCCUGCCAGAUGUGCGAGAAGGCCUUCAAACACAAGUCUCACCUGAAGGACCACGAGCGCCGGCACCGCGGGGAGAAGCCCUUCGUCUGCAACUCCUGCACCAAAGCCUUCGCCAAAGCGUCCGACCUGAAGAGACACGAGAACAACAUGCACAGCGAGCGCAAGCUGAGCGGCAGCGGCCUGCAGAGCGAGACCGAGCAGCUCCAGGCCGCAGCCAUGGCUGCAGAGGCAGAACAACAGCUGGAGUCCAUCGCCUGCUCAUAACACACACACACACACACACACACACACACACGUCUGCGUUUUAGACUCUAUUUACACUCGUUACUUUUUAUAGAUCUGUAAAUGAUGUUUUGGAGGUUUUUCUCUCUCGUUGUACAGUUCAUACCGAUUUUUGUUUUGUUUUUUAGUGCUGGGGAAACAUUAAUUGUAUAUCUAAAAUAAAAGUUUGUUUUGAUAUAGUA